CCGGUCGUGUUCGUUCUCCGGUCGCGUCUCCAGUUUCAUGUCGCCAUGGAUCGGAGCGACCCGGAUUUUGCCGGGCAGCUUGACCCCCCGGCAGCCAGGCCCUUUGGAUGCGGUGCUGGGGUAUCUCCUACAGGACCCAGAGUUCUCCCACCUGCAGCCGAAAAAACGCCUCAUCGAAGAGAAGGCACCCCUUCGAACGAAGCGGAGACGCCUCGGAACCCGAUAUCCAGAUGUCAAGGUGCAAGUGACUUUGCCUGAGGAAGUGCUAGAACCUCUGAUCGCGCCGGGGAUCGCCGAGGAGAGGCUGGAAAAGAUCAGCCUGCCCGAGGUGGAGCAGCUUGAGGAGAAGCUGGAGGUGGGGUGGAUCGAACCGAUGGAGAGUUCUCCGGUGGAUGCCCAGGUCCCAGAGCUGCGGGUGCCACGGGCGCCAGCCACCACCCCUGCCGUCUCUGUCGCCUCCUCGCCCAGCGCCGCUCCGGACGCCACGGGCGCCGCCCCUGGCGCGGCAAGUGGCAGCGCCAGCGGCGCAUGGCUGCCGGCGCCGGCGGUGGAGGUGGCACCCAUUGACUGGGGCCUCGCGCGGCAGGACACGCCCAGUGCCAGUGCACCAUCCAUCUUCGCGAAGCCGGACAGCAGCCUAGCGAAGGCAGACGCUGUUGCAGCCCAGGAGGCAGUUCCAGAGCCGCCAGAGGUGCCGAGUGGCGAGGUGUCGCCCUGCUCGCAGCCGGAGGCCCCUCCGGAGUGCCCACCCGAGUUGUGGGCCUUCGCCGCGGACCAGGCGAACUUGGUGCUCGAUGCCGUCUUCACCGAGGAUCCGGAGAAACCGGAGGAUCAGGCCGUGGAGGUGAGCGACGACGCGGAGGAGGCUGAGAAUGACGGAGAAGAGGACGGAGGAGAAGCAGGAGAAGGUCAAGGUGAAGAUGAAGAUGAGGCAACUGAGGCGGCCGCCGUCCCAGAGGAGGAUGAAGCAGAGGAGGAUGACGCGCCCGAAGACGAAGAGGGUGAAGGAGAAGAGGAAGAAGAGGACGAUGAUGAGGAAGAGGAGGUUGAGGAGGUCUCCAGAAAAGCUGCGUUGAAGGCCUUCCAGGAACCUCUGGAGAUGCCGCCAGGGAAUUGGAACGUUUGGACCAAUCCGAACCUGGCACAGGCAGCUCCCUGGAGCUCCACCGAGGCAACUUCGGCGAAAGGCGCCAAAGGCGCUGGCGCCAAAGGCGGAACCAAAGGAGCCAAGGGCGGCCGCAAAGGUGACGGGAAAGCCACGAGUGCUUGGCAAAAGAAGUGGAACACCUGGAAGGCCGAUGAGCAGCGAGAGGAGAUUUGGGAACCUGCUGAGCAGUCUUGGGGACAAGAUGCCUGGAAGCCGGAUGAGUGGAAAGGACAGAAGGAGUGGAAAGGACAGAAGGAGUGGAAGGGGCAACAGAAAGAGUGGAAGGGGCAAGAGAAAGAGUGGAAGGGGCAAGAGAAGGAAUGGAGAGGGCAGAAGGAAUGGAAAGGGGAGCAUGACUGGAGAGAAGAGAAGGAAUGGAAAGGGGAGCAUGACUGGAGAGGACAAGAGAAAGAUUGGAAAGGACAAAAGGAGUGGACGGCUUCUGGUGAGGGAGAGUGGAAAGGGCCACAAAAGGAAUGGAAACCAAAAGAAUGGAAAGGAGGAGAACAUGACUGGCGAGGCCCUGAAAAGGAGUGGAAGCCAAAGGCGAAAGAGAGUGAUUGGGAUUCCUCGUGGCCUCCGACCAAAGAAUCCUGGCCUCAACAAAAGAAAGAAGCUUGGAAUCCAAAGCAAACCUGGGGCAGGAGUCGAGGCACUGAGGAGUCCUGGUAGCUCCGCUGCGCCAAAAGGUCGCUGUCGCAUGCCGCGGUGAGUGCUGUGAGUGCUGUGGAAGGG